UGAAGGUCAUCAGUCACAGCAGCGGGACAUAAGUUCAGUAAGGCCGUCCCAAUUCCAAGGAUGUUCAAAACGAUAUCUCAAAUUGGGUGCUUUUCUCUGCGCUGCUAAGGAUAGAAGGAGUAUUUCUCUUUGCUGACUUUGGAGGCUGCCACCUUCAAAGACCGAGUGCCUUCUGAUGUCGCGUCCUUAGAAGGUCGCAUCCGCUGAAUUGGGACACAGCUAAGGAAUAUUCAGCGUCGUUUCUAUGGUAACAGUAAACAACGUUAAACUGCAAGUUGUCUUUAGGACUCUUCGACUUUAUCUGCACAUUAGCCUAAUAUCUAUCAUGUCAGACGUUGGCUCUGAAGAGUUUGACGACGAGCAAGGGUCACUGGGGGAGUAUGAGGGAGAUAGAAAUGAAGCUGGAGAGAGACACGGACAAGGCAAAGCUGUCUUACCUAAUGGAGACACUUAUCAGGGAGCAUAUGAAAACGGCAAGAGAUCUGGUCGGGGCACAUACAAGUUCAAGAAUGGUGCCAGAUAUAUUGGGGAGUGGUAUUUAAAUUUAAAACAUGGACAAGGUUUAUUUUAUUACCCAGAUGGAUCCAAAUAUGAAGGAAGCUGGGUUGAUGAUCAGCGUCAGGGUCACGGUGUUUACACAUACCCUAAUGGAGACACAUAUGAUGGUGAAUGGCUACGUCAUCAUAGACAUGGGCAAGGUACUUACACAUAUCAUGACACAAGCUCUCAGUACACGGGCACAUGGAUCAUGGGUAAAAUGGAGUCAGCUGGAGAGCUUAUUCAUCUGAACCACAGAUAUCAGGGCAUCUUUGUUAAUAAUAAUCCAUCUGGUCCAGGAAAAUAUGUGUUUAACAUUGGGUGUGAGCAGCAUGGGAAAUAUCUUCAGAUAGAUCAGAUAAAAGAAGAUACAGAGGAAGAGGAGCCUGUGAUAACAACCACACUAACAUGGAAACCCAAGACAGUUACUGGGCUUUCUAACUGGACCAGUAUAACAGAUACCUCAGAUCAAGCUCUUGUGGAAGAGUGAGAGAAAAUGACCCAAAUGAGAAAAAAAAUAAGUGUGAUACAUUGAGAGAUGAUAAUAAUACAUGAACAUAUCAGUUAAUAAUACUUAAAAUAUGAAUCCCAUUCAUCCCCCUGUCUCCCCUGCAUACUGAAUAUGUAUGCAUUUGUUUGAUUAGAUUUACAUUAAUGCAUUUAGUAGAUGGUAUUAGCCAAAGUGACUUGCAGUACAUUCAAGGUAUACACUUUAUCAGUUUGUGCGUUUCAGAGAAAUCAAACCCACAAGCUUUUGCGCUAUUACUGUGUUGCUACACCCACUUAAAAAAAUAAAAAACAAGAAUUUCUUUACAGCUAUGCCAUAGAAGAAACAUUUUUGGUUCCACAAAGAACCAUUCAAUCAAAGGUUCUUUACCAUUUCUUUCAUACAUUUUAAUAAUCUAAAGAACCCCUUUUCACUACAAAGAACCUUUUGUGAAACAGAAAAGGUUCUUUGUGGAACCAUUCUAGGGUUGCCAACUGUCCUGUAUAAGCCGAGACAUCUCAUAUUGUGGGCCAAAUUGAUUUAUCCCUUAUGUGACCUCCCGCGACCCUUCGUUGUUUAAAGAAACAGUAAGUUAGAAAUGUAUAUCAAUUAAUCAUAAAAUGGCCCUAAUAUGUCACUAGACAUUAAGAAAUCAUCUUCAUUUCAAAUACUUAUAUCACUGCAGCCCUCAACUGAUGUUUAUGGUGUCGUUUUGUGUAUUGGCCACCAGUUGUGUGAUUGUAGUACCAGUUUUAGCCACAAUCCUACAUACUGUUCCUUUAACUUCAUGUGGCGCCACAAGAACCGAGAGACAGAUGACAUCAAAAUCCAACGAGAGCAAUUGAAGAAAUUAUCCAGAGGAGACUGCUAUUGAAAUGCUCUCAUGGUACUUUGAUGUCAUAUGCGUGUUGGUUCCAGCACCGCCGCACAAAGUCGAACAAGCAGCAACACCAGAAGUGCUAAUCACGACACACGAGCACAAUCUGGCGGUGCCACUUUUAGCAUAGCUUAGCAUAAUCCAUUAAAUCUGAUUAGACCAUUAACAUUGCGCUCAAAAACAACCAAAGAGUUUUGAUAUUUUUCCUAUUUAAAACUUGACGCUUCUGUUGUGACAUUGUGUACUAAGACCGACAGAAAAUUAAGAAAAAACUUUUUUGGCUGAGUUUAGUUAUAAAUUAAUAUUAAAUUAGGAGAUUAGCUAUCAUUUUGAAAAAUGGCUUAAAACAUUACACUGUAAAUUCACACAAAACCAAUCCCGGCAGGCCACCUUUUGUCCCGUAUUUCAGAGUGACCAAGUCGGCAACCCUAAACCGUUUAGAAAAUAAAGGUUCUUCUAUAUGGCAUCGUGAAGCACCUUAAUUUUUAAGGGCUGAGCUACAUGAACACUAAUAAAACAUAAUUAUUUUUUCCAAUAAAUAAAUGUCUCACAAUUCAGCAUCCAGUUUGCUACUUGGAUUUAGUGCAAUUAAUUGUAAUUUUAAAGUGCAUUUGAUUCUGAAUGGUGCACUACCUUGUCUUGUAUCAUCCUGAAGAGAUUUAUUUUGGGAAAAGAUCAAUUGAUUUAAAUUGUGCUGUUUAUUACAUUGAUACUUACCAAAUAAAUAAAUGAACUUGAAAUAUAGAUUUUUUGUUUGAAUUGUUUUAUUAUGUAAAAAGAGCCUGCAAAUUGGUAUGAGAGAUCUGAUAAUAAUAAUGUUCUAACAUUAAUUAACAAUGCGACAUGAAGCAAACAACCAACAAUGAUCUGUACAGCUUUUAUUAAUUGUAGUUAAAGGUGGGGUGCAUGAUCUCUGAAAGCCAAUUUUGAUAUUUGAAACCACACACACACAAACACGUCCCUACCCCAAUAGAAUCUGGACCUUCUUUUGAUAGACCCACCCCACACAUACAAAACCCAGGCAAUGAUCGGUUAGUAGACACGACCCUUACUGCUGAUUGGCUACAAGUGCGUUUUGGUACUCUGCCCGACUCCCUUUUUCAAAAAUCA